AGGAGCCAUCAUCUCCCAAAACGACGCCAUUUCCGGACAACGACACCGUUUCGAUGGUUUCAAACGGCAUCGUUUCGAUUUAACAGAAACUACAGUAGUAGCUCCCGGCGGCAUUGGCAGCAACCAGAACCGCAUCGUCGCCACCCCGUGCAACCUCCCUCGUUGGUUGGUUUAUAUAUGAUUGAUUGAUUCUCCUCUGUCUCUCUCCGAUUCGUAAGAGACAUGGCAAGGAUUUCUUUUGACUUCAGAUUUCUUCUCAUACCGGCAGCUUUCAUGUUCAUCUACCUCCAGAUGAGGCUUUUCCAGACGCAAUCACAUUAUGCAGAUCGCCUCGGCUCCGCUAUCGAAUCAGAGAACCAUUGUACUAGUCAAAUGCGAGCGCUGAUAGAUGAAGUAAGCAUUAAACAGUCACGGAUUGUGGCUCUGGAAGAUAUGAGGAACCGCCAGGACCAAGAACUCGUGCAGCUUAAGGAUCUCAUCCAGACGUUUGGAAGAAAAGGAUUAGCAAAACUCGUUGAAGGUGGACAGACCCCUCUGGCUGCUGUAGUGAUUAUGGCGUGCAGUCGUGCAGACUAUCUUGAAAGGACAGUAGAAUCUGUUUUAAAGUAUCAAAGUCCCGUUGCUUCAAAAUAUCCUCUAUUUAUCUCUCAGGAUGGAUCUAAUCAAGCCGUCAAGAGCAAGGCGUUGAGCUAUAAUCAACUAACGUAUAUGCAGCACUUGGAUUUUGAACCAGUGGUCACUGAAAGGCCUGGGGAACUGAUUGCGUACUACAAAAUUGCACGUCACUACAAGUGGGCACUGGACCAGUUGUUUUACAAAUACAAAUUUAACCGAGUUAUUAUACUAGAAGAUGAUAUGGAAAUUGCUCCAGACUUCUUUGAUUACUUUGAGGCUGCAGCUAGUCUCAUGGAUAGGGAUAGAACCAUCAUGGCUGCUUCAUCAUGGAAUGAUAAUGGGCAGAAGCAGUUUGUGCAUGAUCCCUAUGCACUUUACCGAUCAGAUUUUUUUCCUGGCCUUGGGUGGAUGCUGAAGAGAACGACUUGGGAUGAGCUAUCACCAAAGUGGCCAAAGGCUUACUGGGAUGAUUGGCUGAGAUUGAAGGAAAACCAUAAAGGCCGCCAAUUUGUUAGACCAGAAGUCUGCAGAACAUACAAUUUUGGUGAACAUGGGUCUAGUUUGGGACAGUUUUUCAGUCAGUAUCUGGAACCUAUAAAGCUAAAUGAUGUGAAGGUUGACUGGAAAGCGAUUGACCUGGGUUACCUGACAGAGGGAAACUAUACCGAGUACUUUUCUGACUUAGUGAGACAAGCACAACCAAUUCAAGGUUCUGACCUUGUCUUAAAGGCUAAAAACAUAAAGGGCGAUGUUCGUAUCCGGUAUAAAGACCAAGCAGAGUUUGAACGCAUUGCAGGGGAGUUUGGUAUAUUUGAAGAAUGGAAGGAUGGUGUGCCCCGAACAGCAUAUAGAGGAGUAGUGGUGUUCCGAAUCCAGACUACAAGACGUGUUUUCCUGGUUGGCCCAGAUUCUGUAGUGCAGCUUGGAAUUCGAAAAUCCUGAUGCAAAACAUAUGAAAGCAAAAGAACUGCAGGCAGCCUUCUUCUAGCAGCUGUUAGCACUUUUGGUUGCAUUAUUCAAGGAUGAGUUUGUCGAUGGGGUUUUAACAGCUAGAAAGCUCUGGUGACAUAUCUCAAAGGUUUUAAAGUUACGGGAAACCCUUUAAAGGGUCAGGGA